AUGACCUAUCGAAAUCGGUCUGCUGAGGCUCCCGUCGCUGCUGUUGUUCAUGCCGCUCCUGCUGCCGCUCCUGCUGUUGCUUCUGUUGCCCGUCCUUCGGCCCGCGAUCAAAAUGGCGGAAGACGUAGAGAACGUCGUGCCCGAGAAGGAGAAGAAGAAGAAACCGAGACCAAUCACCGCCCUCCACCCCGCCGUCAUCAGCGCCGUCGGGUCCAGCGCCCAGAGAGCUCUGAUUCCUCCGAAGCAGAAGAGAUAGCGCACUUCUCGCAGCUCACUGGACGUCGCCGUCCUUGA